AUCUGAGUUCAGGUUAAUUUUCCAUUUUGUCCUCUUACAAAAUAUUUAAUUGUCAAAAUAGAUAUUUUUAUUUCAAAUUCCAUACAUAUGCAUUAAUGCAUUGUAGCCGGUUCCCAGUGAUGUGGAUAGCAUGCAGCAUUACUAGCAUGUAGCCGCUAGCUUAAAUUAGAUCCUAAAUGUCCCUACAGUCAAAUAUAGAGAUAUAGGUUCCUGUCACUGAGAAGAUGAGUGAACUUAAGGACUGUCCCCCUCUGAAGUACUAUGACUUCAAACCUGUGGACCACUUGAAAGUAUGUCCACGCUACACUGCAGUGCUCAGCCGCUCUGAGGAUGAUGGUAUUGGCAUUGAAGAGCUGGACACACUUCAGCUUGAGCUGGAAACGCUCCUCUCCUCUGCCAGCCGGCGCCUCCGAGCACUGGAAGAACAGAGACAGAUACUUACAGACUGGCAGGACAAAAAAGGGGACAAAAGGUUCCUGAAAUUAGGGAAAGAUACAGAUCUUUCAGCCUCAUCUCGCCAUUCCAAACCCAAAAAACAAAAGCUUGAUGGAAAAGGUAGCCAUGGUCCUGGUCCUGGUCCUGGUAGACCAAAGUCAAAGAACAUACAGACCAAGGUCCAGGACUUUGAAUUUGAUGUGGACCCACAAGAUAUACCCCGCACUCCCAAAAAUGAUGCUCCCAACAGAUUCUGGGCCUCAGUGGAGCCCUAUUGUGCAGACAUCACAAACGAAGAGAUCAGAGUUCUUGAAGAGUUGCUAAAGCCACCUGAGGAUGAAGCGGAGUAUUUCAAGAUCCCAGCUUUGGGAAAGCAUUAUUCCCAGCGCUGGGCUCAAGAAGAUCUGUUAGAGGAGCAAAGAGAAGGGGCAAGAGCUAAUGACAAGAAGAAAAGCAUGAUGGGUCCUCUUUCUGAACUGGAUGCCAAAGAUGUAGAUGCUCUUUUAAAGAAGUCAGAUUCACAGCAUGAGCCACCGGAAGAUGGCUGUCCCUUUGGCCCUCUUACUCAACGGCUUCUACAAGCACUGGUUGAGGAAAACAUCAUAUCCCCUAUGGAGGAUUCCCCCAUUCCAGACAUUCCAGGAAAGGAUGAUGGUGCAGGUACAUCACCUCGUAGCCAGGGAAAAGCCUUCAGUGUGCCUCACACACGCUCUCUGGAGGCUCGGAUAAGAGAAGAGCUAGUGUCUCAGGGCUUACUAGACUCUGAUGAGAGGCAGGGUGGCGGAGGCGAGUCUGAAGAUGAGGUACUGGCUGAGCUACAGAAAAGACAAGCUGAACUCAAAGCGCUGACAGCUCACAAUCGUGCACGCAAGCAAGAGCUGCUCAAGUUGGCGCGAGAAGAGAUGAGAAAACAAGAGCUUCGUCAGCGGGUUCGAGUUGCCGAUAAUGAGGUGAUGGAGGCCUUCCGUCGCAUCAUGGCAGCCAGGCAAAAGAAACGCACACCAACAAAAAAAGAGAAAGAUCAGGCCUGGAAAGCUUUGAAAGAGAGAGAAAGUAUUCUCAAACUCUUGGAUGGAUAAAUAUGACCGGCGGCUAUUCCUUGAUUUUUUAAUGUGAUUGUUGGCUGUCGACAGGUUAUACAGAUAAUACAAAACAGUUUUGCACCCAGUCUAAGCUGAGAGAUGGUUUAACAAAUCACAUUUCAACAUGUCAGAACAUAUUUUAAUAAAAUAUUCCCAUUUUUUAACUGUCCUUGAUUUAACAAAAAAUCUUACCAUGAUUGCUUCUGGUAAAUAAAGGUAUUUGACACUAAAGGUUUGAGGUGCCGCACAGAAUAAUAAUACCAGAACUGUAGGACCUUAUACAAGAUUUACAUUUUCUGUUCUGUACAGUUCCCAAAGAUUUGACAAAAAAGACAUGUUGUGAUUGAAAGCUAUUAUUAUUAUAGGAUACAUCAUUAACAGUAUUUUUAUUACUGUAUAAGAAAGAUCAUGGACAUUUUCUUGUUUUGAGUUUAUGGUUGAAAACAAGCAAGGGUCAUUUGUGUGAAAACAUGAGUCUACGGUGAAUAUGAAUGUCUAUCUUAGCUUUUUGUAAUCGUUCUUCUAGAUUUUGACAUUGCUGUUGUUGCAUGUAUGUGUAAAAAUAAAAUCAUUGUAUUUCGUA